AUGAAACUGAGGCCAGAGUGUUUUCUGCAGUUUCUACAUUUAGAUAAAAUGUACUGCUUACUAUCAGUAAGAAAUGCCAGGGCAUUGGUCGAAUAUUUCCAAAUGCUAGAUGUUCAUAAGAAGAACACCCUGAAUGAUUUGCAGUUUUAUCACUUUCUCCACUAUGUGACUGACCUGACAAGGAGGCAGAUCAUGCUGGUGUUUGACUUGCUGGACUGGAACGCCACCGGGGAGAUUGGCCUUGACGAGUUCUACAUGCUGGUGUGCAUCCUGCUCGCUCACGAGAACCAUCUCGAAAAGCAGUUCAUUUAUCGUCACUCUUGGCCUGUGUUUGAGCUGCUGGAUAUGGAUGGAGGACAUACAAUUGGUCCUAAGGAGUUUCAGGCCACUAGGUUCCUCUUUAACAUCAACAAGGAAGAGCUUGAGAAGAUAUUCAGGGAUUUUGAUGUCUCUGGAGAUGAGUCCCUGAACUACAAGGAGUUCAAGAUGUUCACAAUCUUCUGCAUUGACAGACAGCAGAAAAAGGAGAAGGAGAAAAAAAGUAUUGAAUUGAAGAAAAGCCAAAAAUAA